AGGCAUUUGCAGCCAACAUGGGCCAGAUACUGAGCUGGAUCCGAGGCCCACGGGACACCCCGGCCCUGCAGGAUGUGUCCGUGGAGCAGCAGUCGCAGCAGAGUCAGGCCGCACCCGGUCCGGCAGCGAAGGCCUCCACCGCCAAGCCUGCACAGUAUGAGAAGGCAUCCUCGGCAUCCGACACGGCUUCAAAGCCCGGGGUGGUCACCACGGCAACAGGCGGAGCCACGGCUGGUGGCGUUGCAGCCGGAGGAGGCGCCUCAGUCGGGACGGCAGGGAAAGAGGCGCCUAGAGCCAAAGCAGAGACUGUCUCCAGUGUAAAACCUGCGGCUACAGCUCCUUCACCUGCCGCCGGAACGGCUGCAGCCAAACCUAAAGAGGCGCCUAAAGACGCGGCCAAGAGUGCUGCUGCCACCGCAACAGUCAAAGGUGAAGCGCCUAAAGUGGAUGCUGCUAAAGCAUCGCAGCCGGCAGCUGCUGCAGCUGGAGGAGCAUCUGUGCAGGGGAAGAAGGUCCAGGUGGAGGUUCCUUCCUCAGCAGCUAAAACCAAAGAGGCGCCCGCGGCCGACCCCUUCGACGCCCUGGCCGACAUCCUGCCGCCGAGCGGCCCCGCCCCUCAGCCCGUCUACACCGGGCCGGAGGUCACAGAGUCCGCUGUCACGGCUGAGAGCGGCCACAGGUGCGGCGAGCGAGACGACACGUUGCCUCCGGGUUACAGAUGGAGCGAGAUGCCUCCAGCUCCUGCAGAUGUCAAACCCAAGGACGAGCCUGCACUGACCACAGACCAGGCCAUGGAUUCCCUCCUAGAUGACUUUGCAGCUGCUGCACCGGCGAAGCCAGGGAAGGACCAUGUUGACAGUGUGGUUGCCUCAUCUGCCGCCCCUUCUAAUUUUGCACCAGCACCUCCAAAGAAAGGUGUCACCUCCGUGUCCCCUGCACCUCCUGCUGAUAAGAAAGCCAAGAUGGAGAAGGUCCCAGCGCCUUCGCCUGUGGAGGCUGCACGCUCUGCUCCCUCCACGAAAUCUGCUCCUGCGCCUCCUGCUGACAAAAAGCCCAAGUUGGAGAAAGGCGACUCUCUGCCUCUGGACGCUCUCAGUGCCCUCGGCGACACUCUGGCUGCAGACGAACCCAAACCUGAGCCCCCCAAAGUCAGACCCGAGGACAUGGUGCCGGAGGAGAAGCUCAAGAAGGAGAAGGGCGUACGCGUAGGAGAGAGGGACGACACGCUUCCUCCUGAAUACAGGUUUAAAGAGGACGAUCUCAACAAGCUGCCUCCUCCAAAACCCGAGCCCACCAUGGAGACUGGUGAGGCUCUGGAUUUCUUGUCUGAAGGCUUCGUUAACCCCUCAUCAGCUCCUGCAGUCCACGCGCCUGUUGCUGCCUCUUCAGCGGCUCCGGCACAGGUUCGCUGUGAAUAUUAUGCUGCACCUCCACAACGUUACCUCAUGCAUGUAACAUGUCAGCGGCUGACCCCUCGCUUUUGUGUUUUGUAGAAGGCCACUGCUCCUGCUGAUCAAAAAGCCAAAAAAGACAAGGAGGCCGGACUCACGGCUUCUACAGCAAAGAAAGUCGAGUCCUCUGCAGGUCCCCCUGCUGAUAAGAAAGGCAAAGCCGCUGGUGGAAAGGACACCACUGACUCUAAGCACAAGACAGGACAGGAUGACUCUCUGAAUCUGGACGCUCUCAGUGCUCUUGGAGAUACUCUGCCUGCAAACAAACCCAAACCCGAGUCCCCGAAACUCAAACCCAAGGACAUUGUGUCGGAGGAGAAGCUCAAGAAGGAGAAGGGCGUACGUGUAGGAGAGAGGGACGACACGCUUCCUCCAGAGUACAGGUUUAAAGAGGACGAUCUCAACAAGCUGCCUCCUCCGACACCUGAGCCCACCAUGGAUACUGGUGAGGCUCUGGACUUUUUGUCUGAAGGUUUUACAACUUCCUCCGCUGCUCCCGCAGUCCAUGCUCCUGCACAGAGCAAAGUCGAAGACUUGUCAGCGUUAGAUGCACUUUCUGCAGAUUUUGUGGCUCCAUCUAAAGCUGCUGGAGUUCAAGCAGAAGUUGCUCCUUCCACCAAGAAGGAACCAGAGAAAACAGCUGCUGGGAAACCCAAGAUUGAGAAGGCUGACUCUCUGAAUGUGGAUGCUCUCAGUGCUCUUUGCGACACACUGCCAGAAGACAAACCCAAACCUGAGGCCCCCAAACUCAGACCUGAAGACAUUGUUUCAGAGGAGAAGCUCAAGAAGGAGAAGGGUGUACGUGUAGGAGAGAGGGACGACACGCUUCCUCCAGAAUACAGAUUUAAAGAUGAUCUCAAAAAGCUGCCUCCUCCAAAACCUGAGCCCACCAUGAAGACUGAUGAAGCUUUGGACAUUCUGUCUGAAGGCUUCUCCUCAGAGCCCUCUGCAGAUCAGGCUCUGGAGGCCUUAGGAGAAGACUUUGUUGCCCCCACUGCUGCUUCCACCGUAAAGUCUGCUGCUUGCGCCCCCCCAAAAACCGAGACACAGCUGGGAACAGGCGAAGACAGCGCUCUGGAUGCUCUGUCGGCCAGCUUGAAGGAUCUCAAACCUGCUCCUCAGCCGGCCCCAGUUCCUGCCAAGGCCAUGGUCAAGGAGAAAAAAGCUGUUGAAGAAAAGGUGGUUAAGAUGGGAGAGAGAGACGACUCGCUGCCACCAGAGUAUCGACCCACUGAGGAAGACCGGAAGAAAAUGAAAGAAGAAAUAGCAAAAAGACCAAAGGAGAAGAGUAUGGAUGAAGACACAGCUCUAGACCUGCUGUCUGGUGAUUUCUCCGACCCCAAGCCCACGUCACCGGCCGCAGCACCCGUAGCCAAAACAACGCCAGCAGCACCUGUGCAGGACUCAGAUGCCAAGAAGGGCAAGAGCAAGUCAAAGUCAAAAUCCAAAAAGCACCAAGCGGAGCAGCCGCCCGCCGCUAACCUGCCUCCAGCCCAGCGAAGCUCUGAUGUUGUGCCAGCGUCCACAAAGAAGGCGGGGAAGAGCUAGAGCCCCCUGGUCGGCGACGCGGUUUGUCCUCGAGGCCAAAGGGGCGCUUCAGUGUGGGAGGUGCUCUCUGGAUAAUCAGUGUGUUUUCGUAAAUCGCCAAGAAUGUAUACCGGUUGAAAGACAGCCCUAGACAUGCCCAUAAUGCGCACACGCACACACACGUGCACACGCAUACAUACACACCAAUGCACAUGCACACGCACACACACGCAUACACACACACACGCAUACACACACACACACGCAUACACAUCUGUGUGCAACGCCUUUCAUACUUCGUUUCACAUACAAUCAGAGUGUGAGAAGCUCUCGGUUUCUCUGGAGGAAAUGAAAAGAAGACUUCUCAAAGCUAAAUAAGCGAACUGUAGUGAACCUUGGUGAACGGAGGUGAAGGGGCUGAGGGAAGGAAGGCGCUGCUCAUCACACUCCUGCAUCUACACAUCAGCUGACAGUUAAUAUCACAAGCCCCUCGAUUAUCCAAGCGGGUUGUUGGAAAGGUUGUGUGUGUGUGUGUGUGUGUGUGUGUGUGGGGGGGGGGCAUAUGCAGAGUGGGUGUACGGUAUUGGGAUCUUCGUGCAAUCUUGAUGUACACAGAGAAGUUUUCUAUCAAGAUGUGGUCAUUAAAACACUAGUGUACAGCUUAGUUUGCUUUUAUUUUGGACGGCUCAUAGUUUACAUUAGUAAAUACGUGGAUUUACAGGAAAUGUUUUAUUUCUGCUUUAGUCUGUAGCGGACAGCUUCACGAGAAUGCCUUUUACUUUCUGUAGAGAACAGUCUGUCAAGAGAAGGGUCUUUUUAUGUAAUAGGCCUGACUAGUGUUCAGAAGUGCACUUAGUGACCUGAGGCGGUUACACUUUGCGGGCCGCACGUUGGUAUACUGUACGACAAAAAAACAAAAAACCUUUUUUAAAGUGUAAAGCCACUAUAUGCUUCCCAGGUUUUUCCACAUCAGAGGUUGUGUGUGUGUGUGUGUGUGUGUGUGUGUGUGUGUGUGUGUGUGUGUGUGUGUGUGUGUGUGUGUGUGUGUGUGUGUGUGUGUGUGUGUGUGUCCAAAAAUAUGAGAAAUAUGUCAGAAUACAAAAAAAUAAAAUCUAUAUUUCAGAAUGCUCCAGUUGCGGUGAUGUGAAGUCUGUUUUCUAUGGUGAUGAGAUGAAAGAAGACAUUAUAAUCAUCUGCCCUGAAAAUGUGUAAAGGAUCAACGGAAAAGCUGCAGAAUCAAAUCAGUAACGCUGUUGGUUCUGUUUGCUUGGUUACAGGUGCAGGGGAAACGUGUGUGUGUGUGUAACUGAACCGAUCUCCUCUUCAAAUAUUUUUCUUUGCUCCUGACUUAGUGGUUUUUGUUUUGUUUUUUUUCCAUUUUGCAUGCUGUUGUAUCAGCCCACUUCCUUUUGACAUGAGGGGGGGGGGGGCUUGCACCAAAUAAAAUGUUUUUGUCAAACUUUAUAUUUUUCUGCCAAGACCCCCAAUGUCUGACUGGGAUUCAAAUGCGUGGUGACAAAAACAAACGGCUUAAAUAAAGAAGUCGUCGCAGAAAAGGUG